AUGAUGAAUUAAAGAAUGGUUAAUUUUAAAUAUAUGAGGAACAUGAUGGAUUAAUAAUUUAUGGAUAAUUAUAUGGUGAAGGAAAGAGAUGGAAUGUAAAAGAAAGAUGGUUUUAUAUUGGAUUUUGGAAAAAGUCAGUAAGAUGUGGAAUAGGGAAGUAUUAUGUAAAGAAUCAAAAUGAAGAAUUUGAAUUGA